GAGCUCAGAAAAACGGGGAGGAGCGACGGCAUCACAGGCAUGACUUAGAGAGGAGGAGAGAAGUGAAAGAGGAUACUACCGUCCGGUACCGACACUUCAUCCGUCUCAGCUUGAUUGAACAGUGGACUGUAGAGCAUAUUUAGAAUAUCACUUUUACGUCUCUGCCAGUCAGUGUUGGGCUCUCAAGGGGGACUGUCCCGCGGCUAGCUUGUUCGCUCCUUACGCCGGCUACAUGACCAGCUAGCACAACACAGCUAACUGUCGUUAGCUUCUGGAUUCAGUUCAUCGUCCGGACCCGGCGAAGUGAGGAGCCGAGGAGGGGAAUGGCAAGAGUUUACUCGGAUAGUCCUUUCAGGAGAAACGACGAAUAACCAGACCGAAUCAGUCUCCAUUUACCUAGUUCUUUGAUUCACCGGUUGUUGGUGUCACUGUAAUCCCCACCAUGGUGCAGAAGUAUCAGUCACCUGUGCGGGUGUACAAGCAUCCCUUUGAGCUGGUGAUGGCGGCCUAUGAGCGCCGGUUUCCCACCUGUCACCUCAUCCCCAUGUUUGUGGCGAGUGACGUGGUGGAUGAGGAGAACAGCGAGGACGGUUCUACCCAAAAGAUUGAGCGCCGCUGUGCCCUGGAUGUUGACGCCCCGCGCCUGCUCAAAAGGAUUGCAGGUGUGGACUACGUCUACUUCAUCCAGAAAAACACGCUGAACAGAAAGGAGAGGACUCUUCACAUCGAGUCCCAUAAUGAGACCUUCUCCAACAGGGUCAUCAUCCAUGAGACCUGCUGCUAUUCGGUUCAUCCAGAGAAUGAGGACUGGACGUGUUUUGAACAGACAGCGAGUCUGGACAUCAAGUCCUUCUUCGGCUUUGAGAGUACAGUGGAAAAGAUUGCUAUGAAGCAGUAUGCCAGCAGUAUCAAAAAGGGAAAAGAAAUCAUAGAGUUCUACCUGAAGGAGCUAGAAGAUGAAGGGAUCACCCAGGUGCCACGUUGGACUCCCUCCUCCCUUCCCCUGACUCUCACAAGGCCAACUUGCCUUGCCACCAGCCCACCAGUCCUUCCCAAACUCGCAGUCACGCCCGCUGUUUCUGUCCCGCUGCCCACCGACGUUAAGGACUGCAGCUCUCAGGACACCAAGCAGGACAACAGCGCAGUUCAGGCUGACAGCCUAACAGAUAUCCUGGCUGGUACACCUGAAGAUAAGCUGGAUGCAGACUAUAUCAAACGUUACCUAGGUGACCUGACCCCCCUACAGGAGAGCUGUCUAAUCAGGCUUCGCAAAUGGCUGCAGGAGACGCACAAGGGAAAGAUCCCUAAGGACGAGCACAUACUGCGUUUCCUGCGUGCCAGGGACUUCAACAUGGACAAGGCGCGGGAGAUCCUUUGCCAGUCGCUGACCUGGAGGAAGCAGCACCAGGUGGACUACCUGCUGGAGACCUGGACCUCACCACAGGUCCUCCAGGACUACUACACUGGGGGCUGGCACCACCAUGAUAGAGAUGGUCGUCCUUUGUACAUCCUGAGGUUGGGCCAGAUGGACACCAAAGGACUUGUCCGUGCUCUUGGAGAAGAGUCUCUUCUCAGACAUGUGCUGUCUAUUAAUGAGGAGGGUCUGAGACGUUGUGAGGAGAACACCAAGGUGUUUGGCCGACCCAUCAGCUGUUGGACGUGCUUGGUAGACCUGGAGGGGCUAAAUAUGCGUCACUUGUGGCGACCUGGAGUCAAGGCGCUGCUGAGGAUCAUCGAGGUGGUGGAGGCCAACUACCCAGAGACUCUGGGACGGCUGCUUAUCCUGAGGGCUCCCCGAGUAUUCCCUGUCCUCUGGACACUGGUGAGUCCAUUCAUUGAUGAAAACACCCGCAAGAAGUUCCUCAUCUAUGCAGGCAAUGACUACCAGGGUCCUGGAGGGCUUGUGGACUAUAUAGACAAGGAGAUCAUCCCUGACUUCCUGGGAGGAGAGUGUAUGUGUGAGGUGCCAGAAGGCGGCCUGGUUCCCAAAUCGAUGUACCGCACGGCCGAGGAGCUGGAGAACGAAGAUGUCCGCCUAUGGACCGAGACCAUCUACCAGAGCGCCAGUGUCUUCAAGGGAGCACCACACGAGGUUCUGAUUGAGAUCAUCGACGCCUCCUCAGUAAUCACCUGGGAUUUUGACAUGUGCAAAGGCGAUGUGGUUUUCAACAUCUACCACUCAAAGCGGGCCCCUCAGCCUCCACGUAAAGAAGCCCUGGGAGCCCACGGCAUCACAUCCCCAGGAGGCAACAAUGUCCAGCUUAUUGACAAGUCAUGGACACUGGGGCAGGAUUACAGCAUGGUUGAGUCCCCGCUCACCUGCAAGGAGGGCGAGAGUGUGCAGGGCUCUCACAUCACACGGUGGCCAGGAUUUUACAUCCUCCAGUGGAAGUUCUACAACAUGCCAGCCUGUUCAGCUACCAACCUACCCCGAGUGGAUGAUGUGCUUGCCACUCUGCAAGUCUCGUCACACAAGUGUAAAGUCAUGUACUACACCGAGGUGUUGGGCUCUGAGGACUUUAGAACGGCUUGCUGUGAUGUGCAGAGUUUGGGCUCGAUGACCAGCCUGGAGUCGAGCCACAGCGGCUUCUCUCAGCUCAGCGCCGCCACCACCUCCUCCAGCCAAUCACAGUCCAGCUCGAUGAUCUCCAGGUAGAAACUGGAAGCCAAGGACUUCAGUCCCCACAAUAUUCCCCCCCCCCCCAUGCCCUUACCUUUAACACUGAAGCCAACUCUCCUCCUGCCCUUCCUCAUCAUCUUUGGACUCUGUUCCUAUUGCACAGCCAGUCUCUAUGGAACUGAAGCAUGCUUGCACAAACAGAAGACAAGGAAUUUUAAAAAUCUGAGGCAAAAAUUAAACAGACUGUACAUUUAAAGGGCUGAUUUUUGCACAAAGGUGAUAUAUUUUUUGUGCCUGGCAUCUCUGCUGGGCAGCUGUUUGAAACAAAACAUUAGCAGAAUGUUUGUUUUUGUGGUGUUGAUCGAAGGUCAAAGGUCGGGAGAUGAAUUUCGGUGCCUUCGUUGCACUGGAAACUGAAAGAAGCAAUAUUCUCAUCCUGGGAGCUACAGGACCGGAUGAACACACUGGAGGCGCUGUUACAUAUAUGCAUUUACAUCUACACACACGUUUACAGCACUGAGAUGACACAUACCUCAUUCUUGUGUGCUUGCUGAAAAACUGGAAGCGCUGUUACAUACAAACAACACCACACACACGUAAACACAUGGAUGUUUGAAAACAUGCAAAAAUUUACAGUGUUUGCCAUAUUACCAGAGGGGUUUGUUCAAUCUGGUAAAAUUGUUUAUAGGUCAAGUGUGUGUGUGUGUGUGUGUGUGGGCACGGUAAACUCUGAACUAGACCUGGGUCGAAUAUCACCUGCAAAUACAUUUUGUUUUUCAAACCGCAUGGUGCAACGGAAUGGGUGGAGCUUACUGAAUCCUGACGGUGCAGAUGGUGUCAGCAGAGCCGCCAGUUGACGAGAAAAUGGCAUUCAGAUAUUUUCCCGCGGCUGUGUGAGCUUUUCUGUAGAUCACUUUGCCGUCUUAAUGUGGCACACCCCACCCGUCCGUCUCACGAGGGCUUUAUCACGUGUUGAAAAGCAUUUGGAUAUUUGACCCGGGUCGGACUCUUGGCGCAGAAAUCCGCUAAAAGCAAUAACACGUGUUUGACUUUCUACUGUGUGAAAUAUUUCUAUUUAUCAUUGAGAUGUUUGUGGAGGAUCGUGGGUGCUGAUUGCGAAUGAACUUUAUGUCGUGCAGGCAGGCAGACGAGCAAAACAGCCAGUAAACAGCUAAACAUCAUCACUUCCUGUCUCUGUUGCCAUUCUGCUAGGAUGGAAACAAAAUAAUGGUUUGCUUUCCAUCCAGAGUCGGCAUGUUUUGAGAAACUCUAGUCAAAAUCAAGUUGUAAAGGAAAUGCCUUCUUACUGAUUUGUGAAUGUGCUACUGAUGCCUGAAUUUAGAGGGUUGUGAUGUAAUUGGGCAGUACUGCCAUCAUUCUCCACUUAUUUUCCAGAGUGAUGAAGAUUUCAGUGUGCAUUAGGGAUGAAUGUUAUUUUGUGAUUAUCAUUUGACGGUGCACCAGUAGACAACAUAUUGAUACUGUAAAUGUGCUAGUGUUGGUUGGAGUUUGUUACUGUGUUUUGGGGAUGAGUACUUGAUGGGGUGAAGCAGUGGGGUGUGUUACUGCAUGCUCACGUGGUGAUUGGGUUUACAGAUCUAUUAUUUAAAGAUUAAGAUAUAGCCAUUUUAAGAGUCAUGUGUCAAUAAAAAUACCAUUUUAGCCUUCGUAAGCAUCACUUAGAACUGUACCUGCUUUUUUUAAAUUUCAAGAUCACCACUGUAAUAGAUGAGUGAUUGUGAAUUGAAUGAACAUUUCUAAAUGCAACACAUCCAUGCAACAAGAGUUUAUUAGCUUAAUAGGCAUUGAUGACUUCACAUAGAUCUGACUCCCUGUAGAGGGCAGACAUGCUCACCAUUGCCAAGGGUCAUGUGUGCUGUUGCCAUGGUUACCAAGUGCAGCUGACGAGCUAGAUUAAGACUGAGGCAUUCAGACCCCUGAAUAUACUGGCCCUGCAUCUUGUUUUUGAUACAUGGAACGGCUUGUUUUUGAAUAUGAAUUAAAGGUCAAGGGUUAACUUGUGGUAACUUUAUGUCAUAAACUGCAAUAACAUGAAAUGCUUUACUGAGAAAAAGGACCUCCUCAGAAUGUGGGCUGUUAAGUGUGUGUGAUGGUGUAAAAGGGUGAAUGUUAGAAGUGUUGGGGAUUAAAGAUAAGCCUGUAAAGUUUCUGUGAACACUCCCCCUGCCUCUCCCGGCAGGUGUGUUUCUCCACUCGGCCUCUUCUCACUCUUUGAAGCAUGUCUAGAACCACACGACUAACUUUUCCUUCAUCCAGUUAUUCUACAUUUCUCCAGUAGUUUGAUUGAUGAUGAAACAGGUAACAUCAGUUCCAGACUGAAGUACUUCUUGGACUUCCUUUUGUCUCUUGUUCUUUUUCUGUCUUUACUCUUUGUCACUUGUGCGCACACAGUUUUUUGCUGUUUUGUGUUUAAACAAUUGUCAUUGUGUAUAUCUUAGAGAGUAGAGUGGACCUUAAUUGAAACCAUGGGCAUAAAGAAGUGUACUCAGAUCAGAUGUUAUUUGAUUUCUGCUUAAAUUCAUGGUUACAAAUAACAUACAACUUCCAUGGUCUGCUGUCCUGUUUCUCUGACUUCAGCUCUUAAAACGUGCACAUUUUUCAUCAAGAUCUCAUUGACAAAUGAGGGCUAUAACUGUUUGUCUUGUCUGUUCCACACAUUUGUCUGUCUCUGCUUUUCUUUCUGACAUUGUUGCAUAUCUUCUCUGUACCUUGAUGUAAGGAAUUAUGUAAAGUACAUUGUUGAAUUAUUGAGAAUAUGGCGCCUUUACAUUUUUUGAAAACAUUAAACUUGAAUUAUGAGAAAAAUA